GCUGCUCCGCUCGCCCUUCGACCGCAACGUGCCCGUCCAGCUGGAGCUGCAGGAGCUGCUCCUCGACCACGUCUUCCAGCGCCUCGGCGUCGCCUCGCAGGGUUGUGUUGAUCAUCCAAUUGUUUUGACAGAAGCUGUGUGCAAUCCUCUGUAUUCGAGACAAAUGAUGUCAGAGCUCCUCUUUGAAUGUUAUCAAGUGCCAAAAGUGUCCUAUGGUGUAGAUAGCUUGUACAGUUUUUACCACAACAGAAGGCAGACCUGGCCCUGCAGUGGUUUGGUAAUAUCUUCAGGUUAUCAGUGUACUCACAUUUUGCCAGUCUUGGAAGGCAGAUUGGAUGCUAAAAACUGCAAACGUAUUAAUCUUGGAGGGUGUCAAGCAGCUGUGUAUCUCCAACGCCUCCUUCAGCUGAAAUACCCAGGACAUUUUGCUGCCAUCACUCUCAGUCGCAUGGAGGAAAUACUGCACGAGCAUAGCUACAUUGCAGAGGAUUAUAUAGAAGAGCUACACAAGUGGCGGUCCCCAGAGUACUAUGAGAACAACAUGCACAAGAUGCAGCUGCCUUUCUCUAACAAACUGCUGGGGAGCACUCUGACAUCAGAGGAAAAGCAGGAGAGACGGCAGCAGCAAUUACGUCGACUUCAAGAACUCAAUGCACGUCGCCGAGAAGAGAAGCUGCAACUUGACCAAGAGAGGCUGGACAGGUUACUAUACGUACAGGAACUUUUAGAAGAUGGUCAAAUGGAUCAAUUCCACAAAGCUUUGGUCGAGCUGAACAUGGACUCUGCAGAAGAACUUCAGUCUUACAUCAACAAAUUGAGUCUGUCUGUUGAACAAACAAAGCAGAAAAUCCUACAGGCAGAAGUCAAUAUUGAAGUAGAUGUUGUGGACAGCAAGCCAGAGACUCCUGAUUUGGAUCCAUUAGGCAGUGAACAGUCACUGGAGGAUGUGGAAAGUAUUAAUGAGUUUGAACCUUUAUUUGCUGAGGAACAGCAUGAAGUUGAGAAGCCUGUUGCUGCAGUGCAGCCCGUGUUUAACCUGGCAGAGUACCACCAGCUUUUCCUUGGCACUGAAAGAAUCAGGGCUCCAGAGAUUGUCUUCCAGCCCUCACUGAUAGGAGAAGACCAGGCUGGUAUAGCAGAAACCAUGCAAUAUGUCCUCGAGAGGUAUCCAAAGGAACAACAAGCUAUUCUUGUCCAGAAUGUUUUUCUCACUGGUGGAAAUACAAUGUACCCUGGACUGAAAGCCAGAGUCCAGAAGGAGCUCCUUGAAAUGAGGCCGUUCCAGUCAUCUUUUCAGGUUCACCUUGCUUCCAGUCCUGUUCUAGAUGCCUGGUAUGGGGCUAGGGAUUGGGCAGUGGAAUACAUGGCCCGUGAGGAAGGCUGGAUAACCAGAAAAGACUAUGAAGAAAAAGGGGGAGAAUACCUCAAGGAACACUGUGCUUCAAAUGUCUAUGUCCCUAUUCGCCUUCCAAAGCAGGCGCCACGGACAGCAGAGGCAUUAGCACCCAGCAGAGCGCUGGCAUCCAGCGCAGGCAAUCCUUGUGAGCAGGCGUAGUGCCGCACCUUCAGCACAGACCCUCAGAUGGGGAGAGCAGUGCAGAGAAAACAAGAAUGAUUGGUGUGCAGAAUGGGCUGUGCAUGGAGCACAGGCCUCAGCUUAGCCUUGCUGGCUUUCAGAGAGCACCAAGCACCUCAUCCAGUCACUUGAGCCAGGAGGAUGAGUUGUGCUGGGGCGGCCGCUGGCCUGGUCGUAGCACCCACGAGGCUUCGUGCUGCUGGUGCCAGCACGGGCGCGUGCAACUGCAAGGAGGAGCACAACGGAAGUGUGCUCCAGAGAAAACCAUCGUCUUAUAAACUUCCAUAGUAAGGCUGAGGAGCUUUUGAGAGUAUGUUUUACAGCUUUUUUAAAUUUAAUUAAUGUGUGCUGGGUUUGUAGGGCUGGGCCAGGGCUUGUGCUGAGCGGCUCAGCCCAGCAGGCGUCUCCCUCGGGCGGCAGCUGGUGGCGGGAGGUGGUGCUGAGGUCAGGGGCUGACCCCCGCCUGUCCUCUGGGGCCUCCUGCACUCCCCUCUUGUUUAAUUUCCUUCCUGAGACACGCUUUCUGCUAAACCACCGCAGAACAAGCAGUAGGAUUUCAGAUAGUUUCUGAUUUUGUUUAUAUCAGUGAUAUUAUUAUGUCUUGGGUGGAACUGGAGACCUGGUCAAUGAAAGCACUGCUGAGCUGUAAAGACAGAACCCUCUGUAAAGCUCAGUCCUGAAGGAGUGACUGCCAAAUCUUGUGCAGUCCUUAAGUGCUUUUACAGGAGUGUGGCUGAGUAAGGCAGCUCUUGACUGAUGGGGCUUUUUUAUCAAAAGUUGUUUUAGCAAUAAAAUGAACUUUUUGCUUU